AUGGAGAACGUCAAGCGAGGGAAACUCAAGCUCAAGACCAGCAGCAAACUGAAGGCGACGGCAAGGCACAAGAAGCACAAGAAAAAGGUCGUACAGCAUCGAGAGAGUGAAGACGAGGCGAAGCGCUUUGACAAAGAAGAGGUCGAAGACGCAGAGGAGCACGCGGAGCGGGACGACAUGACGCCGGCCCAGCGUCGACAUGCUGAGCACCAGAAGAAAAGAGAGCAAGAAGAGAUUGCAAAGCUGGCGUCCAAGACGUACAGAGAGCGUAUCGAAGAGCUCAACCAGCAUCUUGGCAGUCUUACAGAACACCACGACGUGCCUCGGGUCUCAGCUGCUGGCAAUGGUUGA